AUGUUUGUCAGACUUAUACCUCUUCUCUGUGCCCUCCUUGUUUCCCUGCAAGGGAUAACAGGUCUCCCUAGCACAAAUGGGGAGUUAUCCGACGAAGCCGCCGAGCAAAUCCGAGAAAAUAUUGCCCGGAUCCUCGCAGACAACAGCACAGUCGCUGUGACCGGAUCCGAUCCAAUCCGUUCACUUGCCAAACGAAUCAACGGCAAUUGCAGCCUGAAUUGCACCCGUCGGACUGUUACCAUCACCGAUAGCGCAGUCUGCAGUUCAGUAGAGGCGGCUGGCCCAAGUACUAGUGCAAGGACCGGCACAUACGUAGCUAUCGACAGUUGCGAGAUUAUUGCCAAUGGGGACAUCAACAUCUCCAUUUCAGCGAGUAACAACGGCGGCCUCAUCGUCAUAGUUUUUGACCGAGUCCGCAUGCACGCCACGGGCGACAUCAACAUCAACAUCGACAACUCCUGGCUGGAGGAGGGGUGUGAGCUUUGGGUGUAUUUUGAGGAUGUCACGAUCGGUCCAGAUAUCAAUGGUGAUAUUGAUAUUGUAUCACAUAUUGAUUUUGGAGAGUCGUCCUGA